GGAUUGUAUGAUUUGAAAGCAGAUAAGGAUUUGAGAGAGGUGAGAUUGUACGGGUUAGAGGACGACAACGACGAUCGAAUCUUCAUCUCAACUUGAGCGACUUCGAGGACGAUAAGUGUAUUAGAAGUCUUGGGCAAGAUUCUGGGAUUGAGCACUUUGCUUGAGACGAAGGACUACACCAGCAACUGCCAUCAUAUCUUCCUCAACUCCAGGGAAUCACCACCAGCCUCGAACCUCUGUCCUUUCCGACAACGGACAAGAUGGGCUCCAUCUCAACAGACGACAAGAUGUCCAUUCAUCUCAUAAUCAUUGGUGCUGGUUUGGCAGGUCUCUCAGCAGCAAUUUCCACCAAGAUUGCGAGUCCAGCACAUCAAGUUACGAUACUAGAAUCAGUAAAGGAGCUCGCUGAGAUAGGUGCCGGAUUACAACUCACACCGAACGCAACCCGACUCUUCAAACCCUGGGGAAUCUACGACCAACUGGUCCCCAAAGCCACCUUCCCCCAAUCCCUCACAGUCCGCCGCUUCGACGGCACCAAAAUCCUCGCCCACGAACCCGCCUUCCAAGACCAGAUCUCCUCCCGCUACCCAGCUCCCUUCUGGGGCAUGCACAGAGUCGACCUACAACGCGCCAUGGCUGCAAAAUGUGCCGAGCUUGGCGUGGUGCUGAGACUCAAUUCCAAAGUCGUGCACGUCGAUUUCGUGGAUGCAGAAGUGGAGAUAGAGGGCGGGGAGUGGGUGCGAGGUGAUGUGGUGCUUUGUACGGAUGGGCUGUGGAGUGCCACCAGGUCGCAGUUCUUGGGGAUGCCGAGCCCGGCGAUCCUUACUGGCGAUUUGGCGUAUCGGAUUGUCAUCAACACGGAAGAUUUGACGGGACCUGAUGCUGAGGAACUAAAGGAAUUUAUAUUGAGCCGACAAGUCAAUUUCUGGGUCGGUCCCGGGACGCAUGUUGUAGCGUACACGAUGCGCGCUGGUACUGUAUACAACAUCGUGCUCCUUUGUCCCGACAAUCUACCUCCCAAUGUCUCGAAGACGGAGGGAGAUCUCAUGGAGAUGAAGGAUCUGUUUGUGGGCUGGGAUCCUAUUUUGAGGAAAUUCCUGGACCAAGUUAAGGGAGUCGCGAAGUGGAAAUUGAUGUGGCUAGACGGUCUCGACGAGUGGUGCAACAAAGACGGUACCUUCUGGAUGGCAGGAGACUGCUGCCAUCCCAUGCUUCCAUAUCUCGCUCAAGGCGCAAACUCAUCACUCGAAGACGGUGCUGUUCUUGGAUACUUGCUAGGUAAAGUGAGUAAAGAGAAGAAAGCGGAACAGUUGCCAAAAGCUGCGAAGCUGUAUCAAGAUUUGAGGAAAGAGCGAGGAGAGAGGAUCCAGAAAGAGACGUUUAAGCAGAGAGAUGAUUUCCAUAUGCCGGAUGGAGAAAGGCAGAUCAAGAGGGAUGAAUUGAUGACUGGGAUGUUGGGAGGUGAGUUAAGGGAUGAUGUGGAUUUUCCGAGUAGGUGGACGUGUCCGAGGGCGCAGAGGUGGUUGUAUGGGUAUAAUGCUUACAAGGAGGCGGAGGAGGGAUUUAAGGCGCAUCCUUUCUGA